AUGCGUAUCUUCUCUGCCUUGAGCAGCCUCCUUCUGGCCGGAGCUGUCGCCGCCCAGAGCUCUGACUGCUCGCCCAAGUCCGGUGAUGUCCAGACUCUCCAGUUCGCCUGGGCGCUCCAGCAUCUGUCCGAACGGUUCUGGUCGUCUCAAUCUCUCAACCAGACUUUCCUGAAUAAUGCCACCAACGCUUCCACCGCCAACUACGAACCUAAUUUCAGGGGCAUCACACGAGAGAAUCGUCUGGGCAUCCGUGCCAUCCAGCAGGUUGGCAACAACCUCUCCAACUUCACCACCCCUCGUUGCAACGUCACCAUCCCGCAAGCCAGUGAUGCCAAUAGCUUCCUCAAGAACGCCCUGCAGGUCGAGCAGACCAUCGCCGGCGGCUUCAUCGGCCUGGCCGCCUACACCCAAUCUCCUGAGGUCGCCUUCCUCCUGGCUCGUCUGGCUGCCCAGCACAGUGCCCAAUCUGCCUACCUCGGCUCUGAGCAGAACUCCACCUUCUUCCCCUCAAACAGCACUUCUUUGGUGCCCGCCUACACCCCCGACCAGAUCCUCAAGGCCGGUAACCAGACUGGCCAGCUGGGCACCUACAUCAACAGGUGCGUGACUGCUCCCGCCGGCCCCUGCGGCCAGAAGGUCAACAUCGGGCCCUUGGUCGCAACCCUGAACUCCACGAGCACUGGCGGUGGCACUUCUAGCUCUGCGUCCCCCUCCAGCACCGCUACGGAGGCAACGUCUACUGCCACCUCGACCGGCACGUCAACGGCCAGGAGCAGGAAGUACUUCUAA